AUGGCUGUUUUUGGGGAGGCAGCUCCUUACCUCCGAAAGUCAGAAAAGGAGAGAAUCGAGGCUCAGAACAAGCCUUUUGAUGCCAAGUCAUCUGUCUUUGUGGCCCAUCCUAAAGAGUCCUUUGUGAAAGGGACAAUCCAGAGCAGGGAAUCAGGGAAGGUCACUGUCAAGACUGAAGGUGGAGAGACCCUGACCGUGAAGGAAGAUCAAGUCUUCUCCAUGAACCCUCCCAAGUACGAUAAAAUCGAGGACAUGGCCAUGAUGACCCACCUCCACGAGCCCGCUGUGCUGUACAACCUCAAAGAGCGUUACGCAGCCUGGAUGAUCUACACCUACUCGGGUCUCUUCUGCGUCCCCGUCAACCCCUACAAGUGGCUGCCGGUGUACAACCCGGAGGUGGUGUUGGCCUACCGAGGCAAGAAGCGCCAGGAGGCCCCUCCACACAUCUUCUCCAUCUCUGACAACGCCUAUCAGUUCAUGCUGACUGAUCGCGAGAACCAGUCGAUCCUGAUCACCGGAGAAUCCGGUGCCGGGAAGACUGUGAACACCAAGCGUGUCAUCCAGUACUUUGCAACAAUUGCAGCCAGUGGGGAUAAGAAGAAGGAGGAGCAGACAUCAGGCAAAAUGCAGGGAACGCUUGAGGAUCAAAUCAUCAGCGCCAACCCACUGCUGGAGGCCUUUGGCAAUGCCAAGACUGUGAGGAACGACAACUCCUCACGCUUUGGCAAAUUCAUCAGAAUCCACUUUGGAGCUACAGGCAAACUGGCUUCUGCUGACAUUGAAACCUAUCUUCUGGAGAAGUCAAGAGUCACUUUCCAGCUUAAGGCAGAAAGAAGCUACCACAUAUUCUACCAGAUCAUGUCCAACAAGAAACCGGAGCUCAUUGAUAUGCUCCUCAUUACCACCAACCCUUAUGAUUUCCAGUUUGUGAGUCAAGGUGAAAUCACCGUUCCAAGCAUUGAUGACCAGGAGGAACUGAUGGCCACAGAUAGUGCCAUAGACAUCCUGGGCUUCAGCGCUGAUGAGAAGACAGCCAUCUACAAGCUGACAGGGGCUGUCAUGCACUACGGGAACCUGAAGUUCAAGCAGAAACAGCGAGAGGAGCAGGCAGAGCCUGAUGGCACAGAAGUGGCUGACAAGGCUGCCUACCUGAUGGGCCUGAACUCAGCUGAAUUGCUGAAAGCCCUGUGUUAUCCCCGAGUCAAGGUCGGCAAUGAAUUCGUGACCAAAGGUCAAAAUGUGUCACAGGUGAACAAUGCCGUUGGGGCCCUGGCAAAAGCUGUCUAUGAGAAGAUGUUCCUGUGGAUGGUUGUUCGCAUCAACCAACAGCUGGAUACCAAGCAGCCCAGGCAGUACUUCAUUGGUGUCCUGGACAUUGCUGGCUUUGAGAUCUUUGAUUUCAACAGCUUUGAGCAGCUGUGCAUCAACUUCACCAAUGAGAAACUGCAACAGUUCUUCAACCACCACAUGUUCGUGCUGGAGCAGGAGGAGUACAAGAAGGAAGGAAUUGAAUGGACAUUCAUUGACUUUGGGAUGGACCUGGCUGCCUGCAUUGAGCUCAUUGAGAAGCCCAUGGGCAUCUUCUCCAUCCUGGAAGAGGAGUGCAUGUUCCCCAAGGCAACUGACACCUCUUUCAAGAACAAGCUCUAUGACCAGCACCUGGGCAAGUCCAGCAACUUCCAGAAGCCCAAACCUGCCAAAGGCAAGGCUGAGGCUCACUUCUCCCUGGUGCACUACGCUGGCACGGUGGACUACAACAUCACUGGCUGGCUGGAGAAGAACAAGGACCCUCUGAAUGAAACUGUCAUUGGGUUGUAUCAGAAAUCGUCUGUGAAGACACUGGCCUUACUCUUUGCCAACUAUGGUGGAGCAGAUGCAGAGGCUGGUGGUGGUGGCAAGAAGGGAGGCAAGAAGAAGGGUUCUUCUUUCCAGACUGUCUCAGCUCUUUUCCGGGAGAACCUAAACAAGCUGAUGACC